AUGGUCACUCUUCCAUCACCUUUCAGCGACAUCGAUCGUGUCCAACUGUUGUUCAAUCGACCUACUGACAUUGAACUACUAUCCCGUCUCGCAGAGUCCGUCAAUAGCGAUGUCAAGCUAUGGAUAGCUCGUGAAGAUCGCAACUCAGGUCUUGCAUUUGCCGGAAACAAAGUUCGCAAGCUCGAGUAUGUGCUAGCAGAUGCUCUCGCAAAGGGAGCAGAUACUAUCGUGACCACAGGCGGCAUCCAGUCGAACCACAUGUGUCAAACUUCUGCUGCUGCCGCUCGGCUUGGUCUAAGAGUCGCUCUCUAUCCUGCGGAUCGCGUUGCCUCGAAUGACGCCGAGUACAGAUACUUGGGCAACAUACAAGCGAACGCCAUUCUCGGUGCUGAGACAUUUCCGCCCGAUACUACUGAAGAGACUGUCAUCACAAAUCUUAAAGAGCGUGGCCGAAAACCCUACUCGAUUCCUCCCGGAGCCAGCUCUCAUCCCCUUGGUGGCCUGGGCUAUGCUCGUUGGGCGUUUGAAUUGCUAGAGCAAGAAAAGAUGAUCGGUGUAACCUUUGAUGUCAUUGCUCUCGUGGCAGGGUCUUGUUCUACCCUUGGAGGUUUACUCGCAGGAUUAAAGCUUGCGCAAAAAGAGCAAGUUCCAGGUUCCAAGAAACGCCUUAUUGGAUUUUCAGUCUUGCACAAGUCCCAAAAGGAUGCCGAAGAAUUGGUUCUCAAGAUAGCCAAAACUACUGCAUCAAAGAUUGGAAUAUCUCCCGACGAGAUUACUGCAGAUGACUUUGAGAUUGAUGCUUCCCAUCUGGGUGAUGGGUACGGGCAACUCAACGACCCCACAGCUGAGGCGAUGAAGAAGCUGGCAAGGAUGGAAGGUAUCUUGACUGAUCCUGUCUACACUGGAAAGGGAUUCACCGGUUUACUUGAUCUUAUCAAGACAGACCAGUUGAACGGUAAGAAUGUUUUGUUUCUUCACACGGGGGGACAGGCUGUUCUCUCAGCUUAUCCAGGGCUACGGGAGUAG